CCGUCUUCUUCAUUCCCACCUUCCCAACACAAAGGAACAGCAAGAAACAAAAAGCUUUUUUACUUUAUGGUUGACGUCGACCGCCGAAUGGCCGGCUUUCCGGCAAGCCACGCUGCCGGUCUCCGAAGACUAUCUACCCGCGCGGCAACCAACCCCUCAUACUCUUCCUCCGCCGCCGCCCCCCGCAACGGCCUCCAAUCCUUCACUCCUCUCGCUGACGCAAUCAUCUCCCACCUUCGCGCGUCAGGCGUCUCCAUCCUUCCUGGCCUCUCUGACGCCGAGUUUGCCAGAAUCGAAGCAGAGUUUGCCUUUGCCUUCCCUCCGGACCUCCGCGCGGUCCUGUCCCUCGGACUACCCUCCGGCCCUGGAUUCCCAGAUUGGCGCUCCCGAUCACGCAUCCGCGCUUCCAUCGAUCUUCCUAUAGCAGCUGCUUCACUCCAGAUCGCGCGUGGUAGCUUUUGGCCUCGAUCCUGCCCAGAUCGCACACUACCCGUUGCUCGUUCAGCCCUCCGUAGAGCUCCGCUUUUGAUCCCGCUCUUCGAUCGCUGCUAUAUCCCCUGCCGACCUUCUCUUGCCGGUAACCCCGUCUUCUUUGUCGACGAAACCCGCGUCCUCUGCUGCGGGUACGACCUUCCUGACUUCUUCCGCCGCGAUUCCUCCUUCCGAUCACCAGAUCGUUCCCUCCGACGCCAGAAAUCGGCAAGCGCCGCCGCUGAUAAGCCUCCUCUACCUCCUCUUCCGCCUCACGCCACUCGACGUAGUCUGGAUUCAAUAGCCGGUAAGGCCCCUCGCUGGGUCGAGUUCUGGAGCGACGCUGUCUCGGAUCGUCGCCGGCGUAACUCUUCCUGCUCCUCGUCCUCGUCAUCAUCAUCUCCGAUGCUCGAUAUUCCUGAGAAGAUCCGGCCAUCGAGGGUGCCGGAAUGGGUCGACAGUUACCUGGACCGAAUAGGGUCUGUGCUGAGGGAAGGAGGAUGGGGGGAAUCCGACGUGAACGAGAUGGUCGAUUCUUCUUCCGCCCCCAGCGCCUUGUUCGCUAUGGUCGACGACGAGGCGGUUCUUGAUGCUCUCCUUUUGAAGGCGGACAGGUGCUCGGACUCCCUGCGACGCGCAGGAUGGAGCUCUGAUGACAUAUCAGAUGCGCUCUGCUUUGAUUUCCGGCGGGAGCGCCGGGAGCGGCGGCCGGCACUAAACUUGCCGCCAGGGAUCGCGUCGAAGAUCUUCAAGCUCGCCGAGGCGGUUUCGAGAUCCUGAUCUUGCCAGUUCGUCGAUCGAGAAGUGAUUAUCUAUUUACUAAUUCACCUUUACGGGUUUUCCCCCCUUUCGUACAUGGUUUUUGCCCCUUUUUGUUUCGGUUUUCAAGAAGUUAUCAUGAAAAAUAAGCAUAGUACAGUGAAAUUUAAUAUAUGUAUAAUAAUACAGAUUAACUGGGAGAAUUAUAAUCAAAAUCAUGGCUGCUUUUUAUUUUUUA